AUGACUGAGCUUCGCAGAAAGUUGGUGAUCGUCGGUGAUGGUGCCUGCGGUAAAACGUGUCUGUUGAUCGUGUUCAGCAAGGGUACUUUCCCCGAGGUCUAUGUCCCGACUGUUUUCGAGAACUACGUUGCUGAUGUCGAGGUGGACGGCCGCCACGUCGAGCUUGCGCUUUGGGAUACCGCCGGUCAGGAGGACUACGACCGGUUGCGCCCUCUGUCCUACCCCGACUCGCAUGUCAUCCUCAUUUGCUUUGCUGUCGACUCGCCCGACAGUCUGGACAACGUCCAGGAAAAGUGGAUCUCGGAAGUGCUUCACUUCUGCCAGAACCUCCCCAUCAUCCUUGUCGGCUGCAAGAAGGAUCUCCGUCGCGACCCCAAGAUCAUUGAGGAGCUGCGCAAGACCAGCCAGCGCCCUGUGACCCCUGAUGAGGGUAUGGCCGUUGCCUCCAAGAUCGGUGCCGUUCGCUACCUGGAGUGCAGUGCCAAGACCGGCGAGGGUGUCCGGGAAGUGUUUGAGCACGCGACUCGUGCUGCCCUUAUACAGAAGCCUCGCGGUGGCCGGGGCAAGUCCAAGUGCUUGGUCCUCUAA